AUGGGCUCAGGGAGGACGGUGAAGUUUGCCCUGUGCGAGGUGCUGCAGUUUGCAGGCCUGUGCGUGCCACUCUUCAUCGUCAUGCAGAGGUUUGCUGUCAUCGUUGCAAAGGUCAAAACAUCAGCACAACCCCCCGGAGACGGCAGCACUGCCUACUGGUUGAUCGUGGCCUCCUCUAUUGCCUAUGUGACCUCCACUGCCCUGCUGGUCUGGGUACCCCUGAAGUAUAUGGUCUUCAUGAAGAAGAAAUUUCUCAUAGGGAGGAAGAAGUGGAGGCCAGUGACCCUUGUUUAUGUGAUCCUAUCCACAUUACCCUGCUUUGCCUUUCUCAUUGCCAGCUCUGAGGUUCAGAUAAAUAACAACCUGAAACAUGAUACAUUCACUGAGCUCCCCGUGUCACUAGUCCUCUUCUCGCUCAUCUGCAUUGACGUUGUGGAGAGGAUACGACACUGCAGGCUGACCGGCCAGGCUAAUGACACCGAAAGAGAUGCUGACAUCCCCUCCACUGUCCUCACACAUGUGGAACAGGUAGCACCAGUAACACCUAUCACCCCAGCUGUGCCAGGGCCAGCUGUGCCCAGGCAAGGUGUGCCCACUCCUAUGCAACCAGGAGCAAACCAGCUCAAUGACAGGAACCAGAACGGAGCAGGAGCUCGACCAGAGACCAAUGGGACGCUACCGGGCAUACCAGGUAACAAUGGGAGGCCAUAUGGCAUGUCUGGAUUGAGUCAACCAUCAGGAAGCACCACACCGUACCACAUAUCUCCCUAUGCAUACACUGGGCCUCUGAGAUUCCUGUGCGCCACUGAUGCCCGUGCAGACGUGUUUGUGGACAGCUUUAUGUUCUGGAUGGAUACGGUGGAGAUGGUGAGAGUGGCAGGACAUCCUCUGGUCUACUACUCAGGCUGGGUGUUUCCCAUCUAUAUCUUCAGCUACCUGUCAUGCUUGCGUGUGGUGGUCAUGCCCCACAGCCCCCUGCUUUCCUCCCUAGGAGUAGCCCUGCAGGAUUUACCCUUCUUCUUUGUGCGCGUUGGCCUCAUUGCCUUCUUCGGCUUUGUCACGCCCAUCCUCUAUCUGAUGAAGAACUUGUUGGUCUCGCUGGCCUUCAUCUACUUCAACUUUAUGACCAAGUUGAAGGUCUUCAACACAGAGAGGAUGUUUUUUUGAGACCAGCAUUCAAGGGCAAACAAGCUUUUCCUUAUUUUCUGUCAUAUAUACACUAAAUACUGUCACAACAGUGGGUGCUCAUUUUAAACAGCCAAAUUUGUAGAUGAUGGCUUCAGACUGUUCUAAACACUCUGUUUCAGACAGCUUUAUGUCUUCUAUGGCUCUCCAUGGCAUUGUAGAGAGUCCAUAUCACUUAUAUGAUCAUCUCAGGCACUUAGCUUUGCCUGUGAGCACAGAAGCCCCACCUACAUGCUGUUUAAACCUUUGGUUUAUAAAGGGCAGCCAAUCAAAAGGAAACUGGCUAAACAAAGACUGAAAUGAGAUUUAUUUUUGAACCAUGUGUCAUGCACAGCUACUCAACUGCCUUAAAAGAGGUGGUUAAAGCAAAGGUUUGACACAAACACAGAAUCUAUUAAUUCAGAUGGUGGCUGCACCGGCACUUCUUAAAAUGAGUCAAGUAAUAGGUUAAGUACUAAAAGAACAAAAGGACUUCUCAAGUAGUUAUUGCCAAGAGAGUUCAUACCAGAUGUUUACACCAAAUAACAGGCCGAGCAUUGAAUAUAUGAUGUUUUAGUGAGGAGUAGAAGAACAAUAUGUAAUAUGUCCAUCAAAUCUGGCAUCACGCUUAAUAAAAACCUGUUUAACUAGAAGACAAUUAUUGAAAAAGCUAAGAAAAAAUCUAGCUCAAAUGUUCAAAUUUAUAAGACUGAGAUUAAUAUAUUGUAAUUUUCAACCAUUUUUCUAGAUUGUGAUGCCACAGUGAUUUUCUAUUAUUACGCCUAAGUUUUAAUGGUACAAAUGGUACUUAAACCUUGGUAUUUUUUAAGAUAACGUAAUAUUGGAUAACUUACAAAAAAGUUAAUUCUCAGACUUCAUGAUGGAUUCACAAUUCACAGCUGGUGCAGUCAAACCAAGUAUGAAUUUGUGCAUGUGACAAAAUGCAUGAUGGUAAUUUUCACAGGCCAAAAGGGAGCUCUUAGGCAAUGGAAACUACAUGUCGAGUGACUGUUGUCAUGUUAUGUCCAAAUAUACUUUUUUUUUAACCAAGAAUGGCACUUUGGUAAUGUACCUGUAAUGUAAUGAUUUUUCUACAAUCAUAAAGUGCGGUGAAUAUGUAAAAGCAUAAAUUCAUGUUGUUUA